CCAUUCAACGAAGUCUUACCGAUUUCCCUCCUCUGUAAUACACUCAGUUCUACGUAUUUUACUCGCAUCCGUACCUUCAAAUAUGGCUCUUUCCAACAGAAAAAGUGCUUUUUUUCGACUUGUGGACACGGAACUUUUAUAGCUGUUGCGAUUUGACCGGGAACAUCGCUGAUAUUCAAUUGCAUCAUGUUCGAAGCCCUCGUGCUUCCUUGGCCAACCUUCAUCUAUCUAUUCAUGCCUUAGGUCUGAUAGAAGAAGCAUCCCUUUCUAGCAAGCCUUAUAUUCUUUCCCCCACACCCCACUGCCGAUUUUUCAGAGCUUUAAUAGUACUCAGAUACGAGGCAUCGACCAGCAAAAAGGACUAUUGUAAAUGGUCGAAUUACCCAUCGAUUUCGUUAUCAUUGGAGGCGGCAUAGCGGGGCUGACAGCAGCGCUGGCCUUGAGCUCCGUCGGCCACAAGGUUGUUGUUGUGGAGAAACGUAGUUCUUUAGAACAAGGAGCAGAUGGUGGGAUCCGGAUGGCACCAAACUUUUCCAAAAUACUUUAUCAUUGGGGUCUUGAGCAAGAAGUAAAGAAAAUCGCCGCGACCUCACGAGCUCUACGGCUGUACAUUUAUGAGACUGGUGAACUACUUGGAGAACAUGUCUGGGAUGUUGAAGUCCUGAAAGAGACAAAGGGCGAAUUUCUCACUGUGCAUUAUUCUGCGCUUCUACAGCUCCUCUAUGACGUUGCUGUUAGUCGCGGAACAGAAUUUCAUUUCAAUACUGUAGCGACAAACGUCGAUCCCGCGAACGGCCGUGUAACCCUGCAUUCUGGCAAAGUCCUGCAGGGGGAUGUCAUUGUGGGUGCGGAUGGUCCAUCCGGGAUAACGCGCCGCGUAUUUCCGAGGGGCUCAGAGCCAAACAGCGGGAUGUCGUUGUUCAGCGCCACAAUACAUCGGAACAGCAUUAUCAAUGACCCAGACCUUGCCUACCUCUAUGAUGAGCCUGUUACGAUGGCCAACUGGUGUGGCAAUGGGUACUCUUCUGUCAUUUAUCCAACAGGAGGAGACGGCGCCUAUUCCAUGCUGGUGUUCGGUCCAGCAAAGGAGCGCUUGUUGACUGAAUGCCGAGAUCUUCAAGAUUUCGUUUCAACGGCGGACGAAAGGCUACAUAAACUCGCAAAAAUGGCGACUUCAUCGACGUACGUCCCAAUAAUUGACCGUCCGCUCCUCGACGAAUGGGUCAGUGGGCGCUUAGUGGUAAUCGGCGAUGCGGCACAUCCCGUCUUGCCCGGAGCAGUCCAGAGUUAUGCCAUGUGUGCCGAAGAUGGCGCUAUGCUUGGAAGACUGUUCUCUCACCUGCGCUCAAGUGAUCAGAUCCCCGUCUUUCUGGAAGCUUUCCAAGAUUUGCGUCAUUCACGGUGUAGUUUCGUCAUGCAGAGAGAGAAGGAACUGCUUUCCUUUUUGACGCUCCCUCCUGGAGAGGAACAGAUCAUGCGGGAUGAGACCAUGAGGGCGAAGCGAGACGCCGGAUUAAGUGUACUUUCGGCUGCUGAUGCUCUUAACAUUGAGGAAUCUGAAUGGUGGCUGGAGAUCAAACACAUGUUUUCGUAUGAUGCGGAAGAUGACGCCGAUAAUUGGUGGGUGCAAUGGGGGAUUUUGAGAUUGAGGGCAAGUGGUGUUUCGUUGGGAGGCGGGUUGGAGGUGUUCCGGAGCACUUCUAAGGGUUUUUAUGAAUGGCUACCAGACCCAGAUACCGACUUGAAGGUGUGUUAAUCAUAAUAUUUAUGUGUUUAAUUCGUUAGUAUACUGUAAAUCUUGGGAAUGAAUAUGCGAUCAGGAGCUGGUGCUCCGUAAUUGA